AUGGCGGACGGGCCGGGAAAAGCCGCUAUCCAGGCUGUGUUCCGGCGUCUGCGGGCUUCGCAGACCAACAAGAGCUGCUUUGAUUGUGGUGCCAAGAAUCCCAGCUGGGCCAGUGUCACCUAUGGGAUCUUCCUGUGCAUUGAUUGUUCUGGAAUCCAUCGCUCACUGGGGGUUCACCUAAGUUUCAUCAGAUCAACUGAGCUUGACUCGAAUUGGAACUGGUUUCAGUUGCGGUGCAUGCAAUUGGGAGGGAAUGCAAAUGCGGCUGCCUUUUUCCGACAGCAUGGCUGCAUGACGAAGGACACAACUGCCAAGUACAACAGCCGAGCUGCCCAGCUGUACCGUGAGAGGCUCCGGACUGCAGCCGUGGCUGCAGUGGGCCAACACGGCACCCAGUUAUGGUUUGAUGGAUGCAACACCUCCCCGUGCCUGCCACUGGGGCAAUGCGAGAAUGAUUUCUUCAUCGAGCACACCCACGGUUCUGCUGAACGGGAGAGCAGCCGAGAGUCGGGGAGUUGCAGACUGGAGCAUUUGUCAGAAGAGGUAGAAGCAGUGAAGACGCACAGCGGGAACGGCACUGAGCACUCUGAUUUGGAGCAAGGACCUAGUGUUGAACCUCUCUGUGCUUCACCAAAGACCAUAUUAGAGACGAAGCCCAGUUUAAUCGGCAAGAAGAAACCGAGCUCCGGCAGGAAGAGGUUGGGUGCCCAGAAGGUCAGCAGCCAGACCUUCAGUGAGAUCGAGCGACAGGCUCAGGUGGCGGAGAAAGCUAUGGAACAGCAGGCUGCUGAGGCCAGGAAACAAGCUGAAGUGUCAAUUGUCACGUCCAUGCGCCUCGCCUACCAAGAGCUGCAGAUUGAUCGAAAAAUGGAGGAGAAGAGGCUGCAGAACCUGGAGGGGCAGAAACGACAGCAGGCGGAGCGCCUUGGAAUGGGCCUGGGCGGAAGGGGCCCAGUAUCGCACUCUGUCCUGACUGAGAUGCAAACUAUUGAACAGGAGAGCCCCGUUUCAGCCAAAUCGUCGCGCUCAAAGCUGGACGUGUUGGAGGAAGCUGCGUUUGCCUCUGGACCACCAAUGUACAGAGAUAACCCUUUUGCACUGGGGGAUGGCUUUGGCUUACACUGGCAGAUGGAUGGAGGCCAUCGCUUGACAUUGGAGAAGGAGCAAGCCAAGGAGGUGGACGUGAGCAUCUCCAGUAGGCAGCCAGCAACCGAGAGGCCAGCAAGUCGGCGGAAAGCAGACAGCAGUGGACCUCCUGAACAGAGUGAGGCUCGGCAGAAAUUUGCCAACGCCAAGGCUAUCUCCUCUGACAUGUUCUUUGGGAGUGAGGAUCGGGGGGAGCUUGAAGCCCGGGCCCGAUUGGAUCGAUUGUCUGGAAGCUCCUCCAUCAGUUCCUCUGAGCUCUUUGGUGAUGGCAAAGCAGACACGGCAGAUGCUGUCAGAGUGAGUAGCAUGCUCCCAUCUGGACCUGAUAUGACCCACUUCAAGCAGGGAGUGAAGACGAUGGCUGGGAAACUCUCUGUCCUCGCCAAUGGAGUGAUGACCAGUAUUCAGGAUCACUACGGUUCGUACUGAAGUUCUGGCUGGAGUGAAGACCAAUUCCAAGCUGGACAAGUUUAUCCUGUCGGAGUUUCCCCGAGAUCAGUAUUUGCUUUUGCCGGGACCUGAAGCGGUGUUUGAAAUUCCGAAUGAGAUUGAACUCUGCUGCCAUUUGUCUGCUGCGCAGCCUUAGCCAUCUGAAGGAAAUCAGUAUCAUUGUGGUCUUGCAGGACUGAAGUGACCUCCUCUCCAUACAGUCAGGGAAUUAAGCAGCACAGAGACCAGUCCGUCAAUCCUGCCUCUCUUCGCACUCACCUCCACCUAUCCAGGGCAGGCUCAGUUCUCUCUCCUUUCCCCUGUUAUGGCAACAGCUUUAUUCACUAUUUAUCCAAUUCACUUCUGAAAAUAUAAUUGGUUUCCUCUGCCCUUUAGGGGAGUGGAAUACAGAUCGCAACUUGUAUUUUAUACAAAGGUUCGUUCUUCCUCCAGUCGCCUUGAAUUACUGUCUUCCAGUUGCUGGCUCUCCUGUCUCUGGGCACGGCAUUUCCCAGUUUCCUGAUCAGAUUCUGAGCUACUAUAUGAGACCAUUCCCUGCUCCCUCAGCCUCUUCCCAUCCCUCCACAUUCACUGAUGCUCCUCAUCCCCGACACCAUUCUGGUCAAUCCCCAGCGCGCCCUCUCUCGGGGGGCCUCAAAAUCAUUCUUGGAGCAUCCGUUCCCAGAACUGAACACAAUACUCCAGCUGAGGUCGAACCAGCCUUUUUGAGAAGAUUUGAUGCACCUUUUGUUUCUUUGUGCUUUUUUUUUUCCUUUUAUUGUUUCCUGGGAUGUGGCAUUGCUGGUCAGGUCAACAUUUAUUGCCUGUCCUAAGUUCCUGAGUGGUUUACCCCCAGCCCAUUUCAGAGGACAGUUAAGAAUCAACUGUAUUGCUGUGAAUCUAGAGAUCAGGUAAAGACAGCAGUUUCCUUCCCUGAACCAGACAGGUUGUUAGAAUAAUAGGAAUACGCUAAUGAUCACCAUUCCUGAGAAUAACUCCAGAUUUAUUAAUUGAAUUUAAAUUCCACCAGCAGCCAUGCUGGGAUUUGAACCAAUGACCCCCAAAGUUUAGCCUCUGUGUCCAGUGACAUUACCACAGCACCCCUGUAUCCCUCAAAAGUUUCCCAGUUCAUUAAGCCAUGGAUCCUUAAUGUUUGUUCAAGUGACCUUGAGCUUUCUCGCUUGUUCUGUCCCCUUCUGUAUCUAGGCAGGAGUGAGGACUGCAGAUGCUGGAGAUCAGGUGCAGGAAAAGCACAGCAGGUCAGGCAGCAUCCAAGGAGCAGGAAAAUGGGCAUUU